GGUUUGGCAAAUGAAGGAGUUUGGAGUACACCAUUCUUGGACUCGGUUGUUUAGCAUUAGUGACUCUGAAAAAAUUAAUCAGUUGCCCUGUUUUGCAAUCUGCAUAUCUGAUCAUGGUGAUGCUCUAUUGUUGUCGGUUUCUGAUUUGCACCAAGGAGUUCUCUACACACUUAGAGAUAAUAAAUUAGAAGGCAAGAAAAUUGCUAAUGAAAUACAUGGUUCCUAUACUGAGAUUUACAUUGAAAGUUUGGUUUCACCUUGUUCAGAACUCUCUUUGCCACUGAGACAAGCCAGAAAGGCAUUCUGAAGCUGAAACAACACCAAUUUUAUAAUUGAAAUGAUGAGAGCAAUGUGGCAGCAUAGGAGGCAAACUUGCUGAUGACUAAUGAGGUUUUCUGCAGUUUACCAACACAACACUCGGAGGACAUAACAGCUAUACACCUCAAACCAAUUUCAUUAGUAUCGUGGCCUCUAUUAUAAUCACUCGUAUAAAAUAGUGCACAAUGUUUGGCAUAAAUGUGACAAAUUCACCAAUUUCCAAUGAAACCUGCAUGGAUGCCACAUGCUCUCACAUUGAUUGAGAGAUACCUUAUAGCUAGCUGUCAGUGCUACCUGUUUUCUUGGCCUAUAGAAUUGAAGUAUGAACAUGAUUGGCUUCUAUAUAUAAAGAGAGUCAAGGACUUGGUAUAACAACACAAACACAACAUAAUUCAGCUUCAUUCCUCUGAGAAAAGAAAAACCACCACCAAAAGAGCAAUUAAGCAUGGCAAACAAGUACCAUGUUCGUUCAAAUAGUUUUCCUUCUGCAUCUCAUCCUAACGCCAUCAGGGUAGAGGAGGAUCUGAGCAAGAUCAAGGCUUGGGAAGCCACAUCCACAUCAAAAUCAAUUGGAUCCGGCCUUUCCUUGCUUGAAGAUUUGUUCAUUAGCUUGGAAGAUCUUCUCAACAUGGCUUCAAUCCAAAAAGCGAUUUCUCAACAUCAAGGUGAAAAAAGCAUGGAAGAACUGUUGGAUGCUUCAGUGACAAUCUUGGACAUCUGUGGGAUCACAAGGGACACCAUGUCACAGAUUAAGGAAAAUGUUCAAGCCCUUCACUCUGUUCUUCGAAGGAGAAAGGGAGAUUCAAGCAUUGAAAAAAGUGUAGCUGAAUACAUCUUCUUGUCUAAGAAAGUGAAGAAGAAUGCCAAAAAGUUGAUCACAUCUUUGAAGAAGAUGGAUGCCAAAUUUGGAGCGUCACCAAUCUUGAAUCAAGAUCACCAACUCAGUGCUGUGAUUAGAGUGCUUAGAGAAGUCAUUGCAAUGAGCAUGUCUACAUUCCAAUCCCUUUUAUCAUUCUUGGCCGUGCCUGCUUCAAAGUCAAAGACAUAUAAAUGGUUAGUGGUAGCAAAGUUGAUGCAUAAAGGGGUGAUUGCUUGUGAACAGAACAAAGAGAAUGUCAAUGAAUUCCAUUGUGUGGAAGCAUCUUUAAGCACCCUUUUAUGUGAAACCGCAAAUAGUGCAAAGGUGAAGGUUGCACAUGAAAAUUUGGAGGCUUUAGAGAAUGCCAUUGAAAGUCUUGAGAAUGAUUUGGAGAGAGUAUUUAGGCAUUUGGUAAAAACCAGAGCCUCCCUUCUCAACAUGAUGACUCUAUAGAGUGUGCUCAAUCAGUCUUUAAUUAGUUCUCCAAAUCCUGCAAAUGAUCCAAAUUUUAGGGAUCUGAUGAGGAUUGGAAAAUUUUGCCUAAUCAUCAAUCUGUACAUGAUGUAUACAAUACAAUUCAAUAGUCAUACAAUCAAAUACAAUGAAAAGUUCAUACUCCAUAUUUUGGUUUGUCAA